GGCGCAGGCGGAGACGAGCUCUCGCCCAUUUAGCCGGAGGCUGAGGUGGCAGCAGGCGGGUCAAGAUGGAGCUGCCGCAGAUCCCGGAGCUGAUGGGCCUGUCCCUGUUGCUCGGGUUACUGGCCCUGAUGGCGACAGCGGCGGUGGCACGGGGGUGGCUGCGCGCAGAGGAGACCUGCCGCCGGGCCUCUGGCCAGAAAGCUAAUGGAUUUCCACUUAACAAGUCCUUGAAGUCCAAGAAGCAGAAACAGCACCAACGAAUUCGCAAGGAGAAACCUCAACAACAUAACUUCACUCACCGCCUCUUGGCUGCAGCACUAAAGAGCCACAGUGGGAACAUAUCUUGCAUGGACUUUAGCAGCAAUGGCAAGUACCUUGCCACCUGUGCAGAUGAUCGCACCGUCCGCAUCUGGAGCACCAAGGACUUCCUGCAGCGGGAGCACCGCAGCAUGAGAGCCAACGUGGAGCUGGACCACGCCACCUUGGUGCGCUUCAGCCCUGACUGCAGGGCCUUCAUUGUCUGGCUGGCCAAUGAAGAUACCCUCCGUGUCUACAAGAUGAACAAACGAGAGAAUGGAGACUAUACCUUCACAGCUACCCCAGAGGACUUUCCUAAAAAGCACAAGGCACCCAUCAUUAACAUUUGCAUUGCUGACACAGGGAAAUUCAUCAUGACUGCUUCCAGUGACACAACUGUUCUCAUCUGGAAUCUGAAAGGCCAGGUGCUGUCUACCAUCAACACCAACCAGAUGAAUAAUACACAUGCUGCUAUAUCCCCUUGUAGCAGGUUUGUGGCUUCGUGUGGCUUCACCCCAGAUGUAAAAGUUUGGGAAGUCUGCUUUGGGAAAAAAGGUGACUUCCAGGAGGUUGUGCGAGCCUUUGAACUGAAGGGUCACUCUGCAGCUGUCCUUUUCUUCGCUUUCUCCAAUGACUCCCGGAGGAUGGCCUCUGUCUCCAAGGAUGGGACCUGGAAACUGUGGGACACAGAUGUGGAAUACAAGAAGCAGCAAGACCCCUACUUGCUGAGGACAGGCCGCUUUGAAGAGGCAAGCAGCCUGCCUUGCCGCCUGGCACUGUCCCCUGACGCCCAGGUCUUGGCCUUGGCAAGCGGCAGCAGUAUUCAUCUCUACAAUACCCGACGGGGUGAGAAGGAGGAGUGCUUUGAGCAGGUCCACGGGGAGUAUAUCACUGACUUGUCCUUUGACAUCACUGGCCGGCUUCUGGCCUCCUGUGGGGAUCGUGCUGUGAGGCUCUUCCACAACACCCCUGGCCACCGGGCAGUGGUAGAAGAAAUGCAGGGCCUCUUGAAGCGGGCCUCCAAUGAGAGCACCCGCCAAAGAAUGCAGCACCAGCUGACCCAGGCCCAGGAGGCCCUGAAGAGCCUGGGUGCAUUGAAAAAAUGACUCUGGAAGAGGAAGUCAGCAUGGAUCUGGCCUUCUGCUGCCACCACCAUUUUUCUUCCUACAUACUCCCAAGCUGGAAACCUUUUGAAAUGAGUAUUUUGAUUUUUUUAGUGGUGGCCCCUCUAUUUCCAUUGGAAUAAGUUUUGCCUACUUAGAUCUUUCUUUGUCCUUGCUGGUGGUGAUUCUUAGACUUACUUGAUCUCCCAGGCUAAUGACCAAGGUGCUUUUCUUUUGGGAGGGAGAUAAAAGGGUACUGAGAAGAAUGGUAGGUAAAAGAGAUAAGAGAACAUGGUCUUUGAUCUUGUGGCAAUACACGCAAGUACACAAGGACGUUUGUAAUUGUAUAGGCAAAACCUAGGGAAGAUCUGCAACUUUUCAGGGGUGGGAGACUGGGAUAUUUUCCAGUUAAAGAUCAUGGUAUGCUGCCCUCCUCAUUUGUUGACAAGUCAAACCACUUUCCUUUUCCUCAAAAAAAAAAAAAAAGAUCGUGGUAUGGCAUCAGAGAGGGGUUAGUCUUAACCCUGGCAGUGUUCUUAGCUCAUCUAAAAGUAAUUAAGGGGUUUUGUUCUGUGCCUCAGUUCUCUUAUUUGUAAAAUGGAAGUAACCCUCAUUGUGACCUCCUUAUAAAUGCUGUGAGGGUAUGAGAGUGUAAAACCGCUAGAUUUAAAAGAAAAGUGGAAAAUAGUAAUAUAUGUUAUCUGUCAUCCAGUAUCAUUAGCUAUACAGUAAAAAAAUCAAACAGUAUUUUGAAACUAAAUUAGAACGAAACAAACGCAUCUGUGGAAAGAUGAUGUUUCUGUCAUACAUUUCAAAAUAUGUGGUUCUGCUUUGUGUGAAGGUGUCAUAGAAUCCCAAGGUAGGCUUCCUCCCUUCCAGGAAGUUAUGUCCUGUUUGAAGACAUGUCUUUUUAGUUCAUCAGACAUUUGAGUACCUAGCCUGUUCCCAGUGCAGGCCUAGGCACCAGAGAUAAAUACGAAUAAGACAUGGUGCUGUCAAAGAUGGCCGGUGGGAGAAAGGUACACGUCUCAUUAAGUGCUGCUUGUUGGUUUAUUCAUAGCUGUAGAAAAUUGUUGUAAAAGUUAAGGCAAGAGAAAGGAUUGAAUCAGGACAGAGACAGUGAAUAUGAAGUUGAAGGGAUAGAUUUGAUAAGAGAUUACGUAUUUAGAAGUUUGAAUUUUCGGAUUUGUGGACUGCUUAGAUGUGGGAAGUAAGGGAAAUGAGGAAUCCAGGAAAACUUCAGUCUAGGCAAAGCUAAUUUAUCCAAACUCAAAUUCUUUUUCUCUCCUGAAACUGGGACCUCUCCUAGUUACUCCCAACUCAUUGAGUGUUUGAACAAGCCACAACCUGGAGUUAUCCUUAAAUACUCCCUUGUUAUUACUCUCUCCACUCUAUCCGAAAAUUACCUGGUUAUACUCCAGAUUGUAUCCUGAAUCUGCUACUUCUCUCCAUCUUUUCUGUUACCAUCCUAAUUCUAGCCACUGUCUCCUACAGACUACUAUAAUAUAGCUUCCUGAUUGGUCUCUGUGCUUCCUCUGUUGCCUCACUAAAUCACUUUUCUAUGUAGCAGAGAAAUCUUAUAAAAAUGUCAAAUCACGGUGUUCCCAAAUUAAAAUCUUCCAAAGACUUCCCUUCACACUUGAAAUAAAACCCGAAGUUCUAACUAUGGCCUACAAGGUCCUGUGUAAUCUGGCUUCUUCCUUCCUUUGUGAUCUCGUUGCCACUCUCCCAGCCAACCCAGCCUACUCUUAUUUGACGGAGCCAAGUUAUUUCCAGCAUCAAGGGGGUCUAUGCCCUCUGCCAAGAAACAUUUUUUUUUUCAUAUUGGCAGACUUGUCAUGAGUAUUUUGAUUUUCAUAGUGGUGGCUCCUCUCUUUUGCCUACUUAGAUCUUCCUCUGUCUUUGCUGGUGAUGAUUCUUAGACUUGCUUAUGCUUGUCAUAAUUCUGUUCUUGGUUUCAGUUACACUUCAGAAAGACUCUCCCUGACCACCCAAUCUGAAGUAGCCCUUUCCACCAAUCAUAUCACAUCCCUUAUAUUAGUUUAGCUCAUUUAUUUUACAUUAUUUAACGUUAUCUGAAAUUGUUUGUAUUUGUUUGCUUCAGGGGUGUCAGGCUUUAAUGCUUGUGGAUGUCAUGUGGGUAAGGCAAAUGCAUGAAUUGGGCCACAACUGUUUGGGUGUAAGACGGUAGGAAAUGUGGGCUGAAGUGAUAACUAGAGGGCAUGUGUCAUGGGUAAGGGGCACGGGUGGUUGCUACUUAUUCAGAAAUUCAAAAGUUGCCUGUUUCAGAGAAGCCAGAAGUUGUCAGUUUAAUACAAAGAGAAAAAAUUAAGCACUGUGGGCCAAACAACACUAGUGUGGACCAGAUGCAGCCCACCAGUCUCAUAGGCAACUUUUGAAUUGACCAUUGACCCACUGGAAUGUAAGCUCCAUCAGGAUAAAAUCCUUAUUUAUUUUCUCUGUAUCCCAAGCAUGGUACCUGGGACAGAAUAAGUACUCAAUAAGUGUUGAUGGCAUACCAGGAGCAGUUGACAGAAAUUUUAUUAUCCCUGUGUGUUUCUCCCCACUCUUUGGUUUACACUGUGGCUUUAUGUUCCCAGUAACAGACUUGUGAUUGAUAAUUCUACACACAUUGGUCCUGGUGUGUACUUGCUUUCUGUGUAUCUUCUCAGCUUUGACUUUAUUCUCAAUGUAUAUCCAGGAGAGGACAUGACCUCAGAAUGCUGAGUUACUGAAGUCAGCAGUCUUCAGUGCUCGUGUCAAUUGGGUCACUUACUGACUUGAGACCUUGAGCAGAUCAUUUCACCUCUCUGAGUUUGUUUCCUCAUCUGUAAAAUGGGAAUAAAUCCACUACUGUGUGCCUUGCAUGGCUGUGAGUUUCUGAUGAGAUGGGUAAAAGCACUACUAAAAAGUCAUUACAGAGACUUCCUGAGGACAGAAAGCUCCUCUCACUAAAUGUAUGGCUGCUGCUUCUGUGAGCAUGCAGAAUAAAUCUGGCCUCUGCGUUUUUGCUUUUGAUUAAAAAAAUCCUUGUGUGUGAAGACAGCAUUAACAUUUUAAUAUUACUAUUUCAGCUUCUGUGGGUUUGAAAAUUUUCAAAAUAAAAUGUCAGGGAAAUAUUAAAAAUGGUGGUAUGUAGCAUAUUUUUAUCAAUCAUCAAAAAUAGGAAAAUAAUAGAAGUGAACACUUAAAGACUAUUGAUAUAUCUUGGUCAAUUUCCAUCAAGGUAAUAAUUCUCAUAUUUAAAAGAUUAUUCUGUAAUUGGAAAUUUUAAUAAGUAGGAAGCGAUUACUGUUGUGAUGAGUUAUCAGUGAUGAUAGGUUAUUUCAUAUACUGUUAGACCCAGGUUGGAUUUAUCUAGAAACUUAAUAAUUUGGAAAUUGAUAUAUCCCUCUACAAAGUUUCUGGGGAGCUGGCUUGGGUACACAUAGCUCUUGUGACGGAGGUCCAUUGAUCGGCACAAGCUGACAGUGCAGAAUCAGCCAUAGCCACUGAAAACAUGAUAUAUACAUACGAACUUGUGAAUGUGCUCUGAGAUUGUGCCUACAUUUCAAGUCUUAAUUUCUUUAAGCUUCCAACUCUGAAUCCAGAGUUAAAGACAGUUGAGAAAUGAGUAUAUGUCCCGCGUGCUUUUGGUUGUGUAUAUAUCCAGUUUGAGUCCAUUUGUAUUUUCUUGAUCACAUUAAUAACCAGCAUGGAAUGCUGAACAUUUAAUCCCUACCAGUUCUGUGUUAAUUUUGCUUCAGUGUUAUCUAAAACCAUCUUGUUGAUAACCACAACUUAGGUUUUACCUGGUGAACUACCACUUCCUUGACUAUUGAUCCAUACGAUUUAUUAGGGAUAGAUCCAGACUCUCCAUGGUGGGCAUAUAACCAAUCAGGAGAUUCCUAGACUUUGUCAGAACUUUUUUUUUUUUUCCAGUUUUUUUUUUUAAGAUUUAUUUAUGAUUACACAGGCCAGAGGUGUGGGAGGUGAGAGGAUUCACCAGAGACAGAGUGGGGAACAGAACAGGCAGAUUGACCAAAGUACACUGCUGAGGGGAGCAGUGGGCGAGGAGAAGUCUUCUGUGC